AUGAGAAAAAGGGGAGGCUACCGUCGCAGUCGAAGCCGCAGCCCCCGCCGUGGAAAGCGGUAUGAAGUAAGCAAGGCGCAAUUAAUGCUCAGACCGAUCAACUGGAACCACCAGAAGUUGGAACCGGUUACCCGUUUGAGCUACCGCCCAAAAGUGGAUUACCGACGCUCCGAACGGGAGAUUAACGAGUGGAGAAAGGCUAAGGAAAUCACGACCAAAGGCCGCGAUGUUCCGGAUCCGGCUCUGACGUUCGAGGAAGUUGGCUUUCCAGCAGAGAUUGCCGACGAAUGGCGUUACGCGGAGUUUACCACACCGACCCCAAUCCAAUCGCAAGGUUGGCCAAUCGCCAUGUCCGGCAGGGACAUGGUCGGCAUUGCCAAGACCGGUUCCGGUAAAACGCUUUCCUAUCUUCUGCCGGCAUUGAUGCACAUUGAGCAACAGUCGCGGUUGCGCCGUGGAGAUGGCCCUAUUGCGCUAAUUCUGGCCCCGACCCGUGAAUUGGCCCAGCAAAUUAAGCAGGUUACCGAUGACUUCGGACGGGCUAUGAAAAUCAAAAAUACCUGUCUCUUUGGUGGCGGUGCCAAGCGUCAGCAAGGAGACGAUCUGAGAUAUGGAGUGGAGAUCGUUAUCGCCACGCCGGGAAGAUUGAUUGAUUUCCUGUCAACGGAACACACCAAUUUGCGCCGAUGCUCCUAUUUGGUGUUGGACGAGGUAAGUUUUCUUAGGGAUAACAUUCGUUUGAAAAUAGCAUCGGUUCCAAUACCAACCAAUUUGCCCUAUUUUGCCCUAUUAACAUAGAAAAUUAGAUUUAAAAUGUGUUUAUAAGAAACAGAUACUGUAAUGGAACGUUGAAAUUAGUUUUAGUUACAAUUGGAAGCUAACAGCUAUCGUGCGCAUAAAUGAUAGAUAUUUUUCCUAUUUUGCCCUACAUGCCCUUAAAACUGCUGAAUGAUAACAUUUUUUCUAUUGCUUUGUAAUGGUUCUGGUUGCAGUACAUGAAGUCUUAGAUCAUUUUUUAUGUAUACAAAUACAGUUUAUCGAUAAGGUUUAGAAUCAUUCACGGGAGAGUUCAAAUAGCUGUCCAUUUUACCCCAAUUCGUCCUGAUUUGUUAUCGCCUCAUGAAUGAAUCGAUUUCCCCCAUUUGCUUAUGCCCGAAUUGAUGGACUUUUGUUACUGAAACCAAUGUAAUCGAAAGGACAGUUGAAACAUAUGACUUUGGUGGGGAAUACAGGGUAUAAUUAGCAUUAACCCUAAUCUUGAUUUGUGGCAAAUAUGCACACAACUGAUUAAAUGAGGCAUCUUAAAUAUAUAUAUUUGGUGCUUUGAGGCGCCCUAUUUAAUUAGUUUAGCGCACAUUUGACAUAUUUUAUAAAAUGCUUAUUAUGCCCUUCAUUCCCCAUCAAAAGCUGAAAUUAUAGAAAAAGUCAUAUAUAUGUCUUUUUGAUAACAUUGGUUUCAGUACCAAUGCUAAUAAGGGAAAUUAAUUUAUUCAUUACUUGACAAAAAAUCAGGGCAAAUUGAUUUAUUCAUUACAUGUUGAUUACAUGACAAAAAUCAAAGCAAAUUGGGGUAAAAUGGACAGCUAAUUAUACUACUCCGAGAGUGAUUGUAAUAUUAUUCGAUAAACCGCAUUAAAUGCAUACAAAUUUUGUAUGUAUCAAAAAUGAUCCAGGGCUUCAUGUGUUGCAUCCAGCGACAUUACAAAAUAUAAUU